AUGGCUUCCAAAGAAGAAGCAUCCGCCCACAUUGAGAAGGCUUUGGUUCAGUCUGUUCCCACCUCAAUGUUCAACGAUGACGAACAAACACCAAAUACCACUCUACAAGAUUGGACUCCAGAGGAAGAGAAGGCGCUGGUAUCCAACAUUUCUGCGGCUUAUAUUGCCGGCAUGGAUGUGGACAUAGGAUUGGCUAUCGGAUAUUCUAUCUCUUUACUUGUUUUCUUCAUUGGAUAUGCGCUCUUUGAGCUGCCCUCUAACCUUGUCAUCCGCCGUGUGGGUGCGAGAAUAUGGCUCCCAUUUCUGGUCGUUAUUUGGGGAGCCGCUGUCCUUGGUAUGGGAUUUGUCCACCACUGGUAUGCCCUCGCCAUUUUGAGGGCUAUCCUCGGAGUCUUUGAAGCCGGCUUCUUUCCGGGUGCGGUGUAUAUCAUUGCCUCAUGGUAUCGACAGUUUGAAACAGCAAAGAGGAUCUCCUUCUACAUGUCGGCUCUCCUUACCUCGGGAUUCGGCCCCAUUGCCGCCUACGCACUAUCAUUGAUUCGCAUGGGUGAUGGAACUUACAGACAAGGCUGGCGAUGGAUAUUCAUAAUCGAAGGUGCUGUUACCAUGGCGGCUGGUCUUGUCGCCCCUUUCUUCUUGGUUGAAUGUAAACUGAUCAAAUGCUUCAGUUCCAGAAAGGGUCACAUUCCUGUCGGAGCGACAAAAGCACAUCGCCAUGGCUCGCUUACAAUUGAAUCAAGCAACUCAAAAACUGAAACAUCCGUCUCUGAAAGAGUCUCUCCAAAUGCUCAUGGAUUGGAAAAUACUGGUUACCCUAGCUCCUUCCAAUAUUUCGUCGCCGCAGACAGCGUCUAUGCGCUGGCGUACUUCCAACCUAUCAUCCUCCGCUCAGGAAUGGGAUUUAGCUACGCUUUGUCUCAGAUUCUCUCCAGCCCACCCUAUGUUUUCGCUAUCAUCAUGAGCCUGACCACGGUGUGGGUGUCCGACAAAAUUCAGAUGAGAUGGCCCAUUAUCUGUGGUCAGUGUAUCGUCGCCAUCGUUGGGCUUUUGAUUGUCCUCUAUGCCACGCCUCCAGGGGUUCGUUACUUUGGACUUUUCCUCGCCGUUUUUGGGUCCCAGGCGAAUGGGCCGGCAUUUCUGGCGUACGGACAGAACCAGACUGCCAUGCUGGAUAAAAGAGGCGUGGUUGCUGCGGCGAUGAUUAGCGUCGGCGCGGCAGGAGGAGUCUGCGGUAGUACAAUUUUCCGCUCUCAGGAUGCACCGAGAUACCUCCCUGGUAUGUGGACCACGAUUGCUUUACAAAUGGCAACAUGCGUGUUGUCAUUCUGCACAUCGAUGUACCUGAAAAGGCAAAAUAGGUUGGCAGAUGAAGGGAAAAGACCUGCUUUGGAAGGUGUUGAGGGUUUCAGAUAUGCGCCGUAA